UGUUCGACUUGAUAGCUGUCUUUGGUAUCAGAGUCCAAUUUUGUAAGCUUUUAGUUGGGUUACUCUCGUUUAUGGACGUCGGUUGGAAAUCACGCCACCUAACACUAUGUGUGGAGUUAGUCUGGCUAAUGGCUUUAUAAGAAUGUUAAAUGUUAGUUUGAGUUGCUAACGUUAGCUGGUACUGCAGCUAGCUUUCCAGAGCUUUUCGGAGGAGUUGGCGCUAGUGAGCGUUAGCGGGCUAGUUCACUGACCCUCUGCUAAAUGCCGUCUUAGCAACGUUGUUUAACAUCUCCAACGUCCGGGGCAGCAAUAUCGUUUUGCUGUGUUGCUGUUUUAACUAAAAUGCCACAACUUGUUGACUCCGAGGAAAGCACGCCAUUGCUCAGGGAUGAUGCAAGCAGUGAUGACUCUCAGGAUGAAGAUUACAAGAGUCGGUGGAGGUCCAUCCGAGUCAUGUACUUCACCAUGUUUCUCAGCAGUGUAGGUUUCACUAUUGUCAUCACAUCACUUUGGCCCUAUUUGCAAAAGAUUGAUGAUAGCUCCAAUGCCAGCUUCCUGGGAUGGGUUGUGGCAGCCUACAGCCUCGGUCAGAUGGUGGCCUCACCCAUUUUUGGCCUGUGGUCUAAUUACCGUCCACGCAGGGAGCCGUUGGUGUGCUCCAUCUUCAUCAACCUAUCAGCCAAUAUCUACUAUGCCUACGCAUACCUGCCAAAGACCAAUCACAAGUUCCACAUCCUCUUCUCCAGAGCCUUUGUCGGCUUCGGAGCAGGCAAUGUUGCUGUGGUGAGGUCCUAUGUUGCUGGAGCUACAUCACUGAAGGAGAGAACCAGUGCCAUGGCAAACAUGAGUGCCUGUCAGGCCCUGGGUUUCAUCCUGGGACCAGCUCUUCAGGCAUGCCUAUCAUUCAUCGGUGAGCAUGGUUUCACAGUGAAGAUCAUAGAAUUGCAGCUCAACAUGUACACUGCUCCUGCUUUACUGGCUGCAGCUUUUGGCAUUAUCAACAUCCUGCUGGUCCUCUUGGUGCUGAGAGAGCACCGUGUUGAUGACCAUGGAAGACACAUUCGAGCCAUCAACUACGUAUCAGAAGAUAGAGUCGACAUUAGCGAAGAAACUGAGGAAACCAUCGACCAGGUAGCAGUCCUGACCUCCAAUGUCCUCUUCUUCAUCGUCAUGUUCGUCUUUGCCAUCUUUGAGACAAUUGCCACCCCUUUGUCCAUGGACAUGUUUGCCUGGACAAGGAAAGAAGCUGUUUUAUACAAUGGCAUCAUCAUCUGCUGCAUCGGAUUUGAAUCCAUCCUUGUGUUUCUGGUUGUAAAAGUGGCUUCUAAAAGGGCUGGGGAUCGUCCUGUGUUGCUAGCAGGCUUGGCCAUUAUAUUCUGUGGCUUCUUUAUCCUGCUUCCAUGGGGGAAUCAUUAUCCCAAAAUCCAGUGGGCAGACCUGAAAAACAACUCAUUGGUUAGUCAGAUAUCUGAAGCCACGAUAGCCUCCAACAGCUCUCUGGAGCCACAAGGCUGCCCGUAUGAACAGACCUGGUGCCAGUAUACCCCUGCAAUACACUUAGCCCAGUACAUCUCAUCCGACAUCUUGAUUGGGGUGGGAUACCCAGCCUGCAAUGUGAUGUCCUACACACUAUAUUCCAAAAUCCUCGGACCCAAGCCUCAGGGCGUGUACAUGGGGUGGUUGACGGCCUCUGGCAGCGGUGCCCGGACUUUGGGCCCUGUCUUUGUCUCCCAGGUUUAUACCAUCCUGGGGCCUCGUUGGGCCUUUAGCCUCAUCUGCGGUAUGGUGGUAGGGGCCAUCAUCCUCCUCAGCUCUGUUUACCACAGACUUAUCGAAUUUUCUGUACGCCACGGAAGGAUUGUAGAAUAACAAUUGCCACUGGAGAGACUGACAGUUUCCUACUUUUAUUCUCAAGGACCCUUAGCCAAAAUCCUGGCUAUGAUGACGGCUUUUUGUUGCUGUUAGUCACUUUAAAAUGUGGUAACUGAUAAGCCUUUGAGAUUUUGUGACUCAGGGUUGACCUUUAAACUUUAAGGCAAACAGAUAAGGCCAGGUUAUUGCUCAUGACUUGGCCAAAGAUGCUGCUUUGCUGUGAGUUCAAAGGGAACUAGAACUGCAGCUGCACUUUCACUCACUCAUUGUGAAACAAGCCAUGUGACACAUAUUCAGAAUCAUGCAAGGCAUUUCCUUUCAUGAGGUGGGGGCAUGAUAUCUAACAGAUUUUAGUUUUAAAUCCACAAAGUCCUAAACAUUUUUUACUGAAAUAUUAUAACUUAGAGCACAGGUACAGCAUUGUUGGUUUUAAAGAUAGAUUAAUUCUAAAAUAUAUGAAUACAGAGACUAUUUUAGCAAAACAUUUGCAAAACCUGAAAAGGUUUUGAGAGUGUCUUUGAAUUAAAUCAUGAAAUUAAUUUUUGGAUUUCACAGGCACAUGGACAGUCCAUGUGAACAACUGUUAACUAAUUAAUGGUGCUUUAAUUAGUACUAUCAAAUUGUUUAUGUAGUUUUUACUGGCAGAAAACAGGCUGACUAUUGAAAUAUACUAGAUUCAUUGGAUGUCGCAUUCCUUAUGCAGUAUGGACUACAUAUUCAAAGUUAUUUUGUGGUUUCAGUGAAAAAUAUGAAAGAUGUCCGUUUUACUGUGCAAUGAUAUUUGUUGAGAGAUGAACAAACAUUACAAAGGGGGUAGAAAUUUGAUAUUUUUAGCAAAACAUUUCCACAUUGAACUGUUUUCCUCAAAGCAAAAAUACUGGUAUCAUAUUUCCUGUUUUUCCUAUUUCAGUUAAAAGCUUUACUUGUGGUUGUUUGAAACUACAGGUUGUUGUCUACCUGAAAAAAAUUAGAAAGUGAUGUGUGAAUGUGUGAGAAUAAACUAGUUAGUGACUAAUGAUUAACUGAG